CAUUAAAUAUUUUUAUAUUAACUGAAUCUUCUAGAGGAGCAUUGAGGUUUUCCCUAUCCAUGCCAUAGGAGAUGUGUGUCUUUGUUGUUGUUGCUGUGUGCCUUCAAGUCAUUUCUGAUUUAUAGCAACCCUAGGGCGAACCUAUCAUGGGGUUUUCUUGGCAAGUUUCUUUCAGAGGGGGGUUGCCAUGUUUUCUUCUCCACAACUAAAUGCAUCACAAUUAAUAGCUUUCAAAACACUCAAUCUGCAGGGAAUCCCAUGUUGAUUUAUUAGGUGAAAAUCUCCUCUACAUCAACCAUAAAUUCUCAUCUUAUAAAGUGUCCUAUAUCCCUCUUACUUCAUGAGGUUGUUGGACAAAAUUUCUGGCUCCAGCCUUGUCCUGUGUAAAUGAUAUAUGGCCUAGAAUAUACACACACUUGCACUGCAGGUUGCGAGGCCUGGAAUAAAAUAUCAGUAGGGGAAGGCAACUAUUUUCUGGCAAUACACAUCAAUGGUUUUCUUCUUAUAGAGGAACUUUUUAUAAGCCCAAUAAACAGCUGAAGACCCGUGUCAAAUUCACUAGAAUACAGAAAAAUCCUUGGAAUAAAGUUAUCAUUCUGGGAAUUAGUUUUAAUCUCCUUUAGUAAACUUUCAUUACAGCACAGGCUGCCAAAGCCUGAACCAUUAUUCAGAAGCAAGUGCAAAGGGGACAACACGUUUUUUAAAAAGCUUCGAUUUAUUGCACACAGCCUUAGUACACAUGUAUAUGCAAUUUCAAUCAGUAAUCCAGUCGUAAGUAGGCAUAAAAAUUGGAGAGUGUGAUAAAGAUGUGCUGAUUAAUAUUCUAACUCAGCGCUGCAAUGCACAAAGACUCAUGAUUGCUGAGGCUUACAGGAAUAUGUAUGGCAAGGAUUUGCUUAUAGACCUGAAAGAGAGUCUCUCGCAUCACUUCAAGGAAGUCAUGGUUGGUCUGAUGUAUCCACCUGCCAGUUAUGAUGCUCAUGAGCUCUGGCAUGCUAUGAAGGGAGCAGACACAGAGGAAAACUGCCUAAUUGAUAUAUUAGCCUCAAGAUCAAAUGGAGAGAUCUUCCAGAUGAAAGAGGCCUACCUUUUGCAAUAUAACACUGACCUUUCUCCAGAUAUUUACUCUGAGACUUCUGGACAUUUUAGAGAUACACUUCUGAACCUUGCUCAGGGAACCAGACAAGAAGGAUAUGCAGAUCCUGCUAUGGCUGCUCAGGAUGCAAUGGUCCUAUGGGAAGCAUGCCAGCAAAAAACUGGGGAACACAAAACCCGGCUGCAGAUGAUUCUGUGCAACAAGAGCUACCAGCAAUUGUGGAUGGUUUUUCAGGAGUUUCAGAAUAUCUCUGGACAAGACAUAAUAGAUGCCAUUAAAGAAUGUUAUGAUGGAUAUUUUCAGGAAUUACUAGUAGCAAUAGUUCUGUGUGUUAGAGACAAAGCUUCCUAUUUUGCUUAUCGACUUUACAAUGCAAUUCAUGAUUUAGGAUUCCAUAAUAAAACAAUUAUAAGGAUUCUGAUUGCCAGAAGUGAAAUUGAUCUGAUGACUAUCAGGCAGCGGUAUAAAGAGAGAUAUGGAAAAUCACUGUUGCAUGAUAUCAGACAUUUUGCCUCUGGACAUUAUGAAAAAGCUCUACUUGCCAUCUGUGCCGGUGAUGCUGAGGAUUAUUAAAGGGAAGAAACUAAUGUUGAAGAUGGGACGAAAAAGUUAUAGCCUGGAUUAUUAUUUAAUUAUAGAAAUACAAGCUGUGUAAAUUUUUUUCUCUACAGACAAAACUUGCCACUAUGAUUUGUUUAAUGACCUGUUAUCUUUAAAGAAAACUUAUGGUAGCUACACAGAUUGUCAGAAGUCACUGUGCAUCAACACAUUUUGCAUUUUCUAAUUAUAUUAAGGUUUGUUUUCAUCCCCAAUGAUAAGACCAGUGAGUAGUAUUAUUUUCUGCAUUACUUUGAAUAAUUUUUUUAAUCUGAUACUUGGCAUAUUAUUCAAACAUAACUCAUUUGUCAGGUUGUAGCAUCACACCAUUUGUAUUAGUUGUAGUGCUGAAACUUUUCUGAUCAAAUACACCUUGAUUUCUAUGAAAUAUAGAAGGAAAAUGGACAGUAUAGUAUUUUCAAAUGGAUAAGGAAUAAUUUUUAAUAUCAUAUGGUCUGUACAGGCAUAAAUGGUUUUUUAACUGAACACAGUUUCACACCAGGAAUUUUUAAAUAUAAUUUGAUAUAUAUUUUACUACAACAUUGCCUUCCGCUUCAAAAUGAACCAGCAGAUAUCCAGUAUCUAAUUUCACUCUCUUGUAUAAUUCUGCUGUGUCUAAAUAAAGUAUAACUGCAUGCUUAA